CCCACAACAUUCGCAAUGACAAAAAUGCGCAACAGGAGGUAUUUAGCCUCCAGCGACGACGAGGAAGACGACGCGCCACCGCAGCCAUCACCCAAAGAACCCGAGCAAAUGAGGUCUAGUCAGCGGAAGAGAAAGAGGAUGAAGAUUUAUGACGACGACGACGACGAAGAAGAAGAAGAAGAAGCAAUUAAACAAGUAACUAAAACAAAAAGAGACAAGAGAAAACCCAAGGACGAUGAACAGGAAGAGAAAGAAGUUUCCCCGCCGCCUCUGCCACCGCCGUUAGAUGACGAGGAGGAAGAAGAAGCAGUUGUGGAAGACGCGAAGCCAAUUGGCGAGGUGGUUAGGGUUUCAGGCAAGGGGAAAUCGAGGAGGAAUCAUUACAAGUCUUUCGAAUUUGAUGGCCUUUCUUACGAGCUUGAGGAUCCUGUGCUCUUAGUUCCUGAUCCUGAAGGACCAAACAAGAAGCCAUAUGUGGCUAUAAUCAAGGAUAUUACUGAGACGAAAGAUGGGAGCGUGAUGGUGACUGGACAGUGGUUUUAUCGACCUGAAGAGGCAGAAAAGAAAAAUGGUGGAAAUUGGCAAUCAAGUGAUACGAGGGAACUGUUCUAUAGUUUCCACAGGGAUGAGGUCCCAGCUGAGUCAGUGAUGCACAAGUGUGUGGUGCACUUUAUUCCUGCAAACAAGCAGAUCCCUAGUCGUAAAGUGCAUCCCGGUUUUAUAGUACAGAAGGUCUACGACACUAUCUUUAAAAGGCUCUUCAAGUUGACAGACAAAGAUUAUGAAGACAGCAUGCAGCAUGAAAUUGAUCUGCUUGUUCAGAAAACAAUGUCACGUUUGGGGGACCUUCCUGAUAUUAAGAUUGAUGAGGAUACAGCUGAUGCAGAAGAUCAAUUAAAAACUAAAAGGAUGCUGAGGAGAAAGAAUAUGUCACCGCUAGAUGUUACCAGAGAUGAUGAAGCAACGAACAGGUCGGGGCCAUUAUCAAGGUCAGAAACACCAGGAAGUUGUACCAGUAAUCCUUCAGAAUACUAUAAUAUUCUGGCCAAGUUCGAUGCUGUAACCAGUGAUCAGCAUCGUGAUAGAUGGUUAGAGAAACUUCUAGAAGGAGUACAAUUCGUAUGCAAUAAUGUGGAUGGCAGUCAGAGUGGUGCAAAGGAAAAUGAUGGUGCUGACAAUAAUCCUCCAAAUGGGACUGAAGACAAGAGCCCAAAGACUGGAAUGGGAUCAUCUCCUCUGUGGCCUGAUGAUGCUGUUCAUGCCGUAGCUGCACUUGAGAAAGCCUCACACGAGUCUCUUUCUUCAGAUUAUCAAAAAUAUAACCAGAAGAUGCGACAGCUAUGCUUUAAUCUUAAGAAAAAUGCACAAUUGGCCCGCCGCCUCCUAAAGGGAGAAUUGGAACCUUCAAAAAUAUUGAACAUGUCACCGAAUGAGUUGAAGGAGGGUUUAACAGCAGAGGAGAUAGCAAGCAAAGAGCCUGAAGAGGAUGCCCAGGUGCAGAUGACAGAUGCUCGCUGUAAAAGAUGCACGGAGAAGAAAGUGCGUUUGAUAGAGAUCAUCUCAGCUGGACAUGCAGAUCGAUACCAGCUUGAGUGUACUGCAUGUGGUAACAUGUGGUAUGCUUCUAGGGAUGAAGCAUCAAUGCUUACAAUAGACGGGCCCAACUCUGCAAAGACCGUAGGCAGUGCACCAUGGGCCACCGCCAAGUUCGAAGACGUUGAAAAGAAGUUGGUGAGUCCUCGUGACCAUGCCACCAAUGAGUCCCUUAAAAAGGCAGCCGAGCCACAUCAUGGUACACUUCUGGAAAAACAGAAAUCCUUCAACAAGUCUAGGCCUGAAGAGCAAGAGAAUCCACCACCACCAACAGCUGAUCAUGUGGACUAGUUUUGAUGUUCGAAUCCUUCUCUCUCUCUCAGCAACUAGAUCGAAAUAGAAGAAUAGAAUGCUACCAUGUAACAGGGGAAGUUGGGAAUUAUGAGGUGGGACAUCCGUUUUAAAAUCUACAAUAGUUCUUUCUUUGGUAUGAUCGUUAUUAUGAUAGUAGUUGCAAGAAAGAAAAAAUCAAACGUAUUUAUGUUUAGGGUAUAGGGUAUAGGGUUUAAGUCGGUUUUGCCAUUAUGCCCUUGUUUCGGGGGGCAUCUUAUUUGGUUUCUAUUAUGUUUCUACUCAUAGAUUGUUUAUGGUAUGUUGUCCUUUUGAGUACGUGGUUUAAGCAUGUCGUGGCAAAAGGUGGAUCUUUAGAACGUUUGUUGUAUGCAUGUUUGGGGGUCAAAUAGAAGAAUCAUCAGAUUUUGGCAUUUUCUUUUUGGGUCUAAUUGUGUUUGGUUUUGAACAUGUAGUAGGGGUAGAUCCAUAAUUUCACAUAGAUGCCCAAUUUGUUGGCAUAACAUCGUUCGUAGAAGACAUCACUGCUCUACCCCUAAGUUAAUGUUUGGUUUGUAGGAUUGAAUUGGGUUUGAAGAGAUUUUGAAU